UUUUUUUAAAAAAAAAGAAAAAAAUAUAUACACAUAUAUAUAUAUAAAUAAUAUUUUUUUAAUAAUGGCAUACGCUGGAUAUGGUAGAAUUGUAGCAUAUUUUUAUACAUAUUCUAUUUUAGCAUUUAUCAUUUUUCUCAUAAUCUUUAUAACAACUGGACGUUAUCCGGCAAGAACCAUCUUCAAAGAUAUUCUUGAGAGAGUUAGUCCUUAUGCUUGGGCGUUAAUUGGAAUAGGACUUUGUAUUGGCCUUAGUGUUGUCGGUGCUGCAUGGGGAAUUUUCAUUACAGGUGCAAGUAUACUUGGAGGAGCUGUUAAAGCUCCAAGAAUUAAAACAAAGAAUCUUAUUAGUAUUAUUUUUUGUGAAGUAGUAGCAAUUUAUGGUGUUAUCAUGGCAAUUGUAUUUUCAGCAAAAAUACAAAGUAUAUCUUCAUCAGAUUUACAUAUAAAAUCGAAUUAUUUUACAGGUUUUGCAAUAUUUUGGGGUGGAAUAACUGUUGGAUUUUGCAAUUUGUUUUGUGGUAUGGCUGUAGGAAUUACUGGUAGUACUGCUGCUCUUGCUGAUGCUCAGGAUCCUCAACUAUUUGUAAAAAUUCUUGUUGUGGAAAUUUUUGGUAGUGUACUUGGUUUAUUUGGUUUAAUUGUUGGUUUAUUAAUGACUGGGAAAGCCGGAGAAUUUAAUGCUGGUUCUAUUGCUGCUGCUCAAUAGGUGUAUAGGUUUAUUUUUUAUCAUUUGUAAUCAAAUGAUAAUAAAAAUUCAUUGUUUUUUUAUUAUAAAUGAACUUUUGGUUCUGUUAUUAUUUUUAUUAUAUUAUUAUUUUAUUAAUCUUCUCGCUAAAUUUUUUUCUGUUGUAUUUUUAAUAGUAAAAAAACGAGUAAAAAAUAAUAAAGAAAUAACAUAUUUUAUUUAUUUUAUUAAAAAAAAAAAUUUUUUUUU